AUGACCGUCACACCUCUCACAGGACACGUCUACAACCUCACCCCUGGCGAAGAUGGCAAGCUGCGGGAAUUUUGGACCCUUUUAUUUACUGUUGUGGCAUUGACCCUCUCCGCUGUAUACGAGGUUCCCGUUCCGGAAGGCUCACCCAAUGAUCUUUUGAAACUUUUGGACAAUAUCCAAGAACCCUCGAUUGAUGGUCUCCUUAACGCUUUGAAGACAAAAUCAACACCGAGCAGCUCAACCCCGGCAGAUAAAAAUGGCGUCGACACACAAAGUUCCCUCGACAAAGUGGAAUCCCUUGUCGGCAAAGCAGAUAAGAACAUCAUACUUCAAGACUUGUCAUCCAAAAGUAUCACAACAGAGCAACUGAGAACUCUUUUCGUGGAGCUUCGGAAGGCGGGUAUUAAAGAGUCGGAAAUUAAAUCCAUAGAGAAAGUUCUGACAAAGAUGAACCUGGCGGAGAUGUGCUUCGCUCUGCUGAAGAUGAUCAAGCAGGAGCAUCCUGAUACUCUUCUCCUCCGGUUUCUACGCGCCCGAAAGUGGGAUAUCCCCAAGGCCUUUUCCAUGAUGGUGUCUGCUCUCCUGUGGAGAAAAAGUAUGGAGGUGGAGGACGACAUCGUGCUCAAGGGCGAGCUUCAUGCUUGGGAACUUUCCCACAAUGCCAAACUCAGCGCUGCCGAUCAAAAAGAGGGUCGAGAUUUUAUUGCUCAACUGGAGAUGGGUAAGAGUUAUCUCCACGGACUGGAUCGAGAGGGACGGCCCGUGAAUGUGGUCAGAGUGCGUCUGCACAAGCCCGGUGCGCAGACCCAGGCUGCUCUGGAGCGCUACAUCGUUCAUGUCAUUGAAUCAACCCGUAUCCUGAUCGCUCCUCCAGUUGAAACAGGAACUAUUGUCUUUGAUAUGACGGGUUUUUCGUUGCGCAAUAUGGAAUACUCGCCAGUCAAGUUUAUUAUUCAGUGCUUUGAAGCAAAUUAUCCUGAGUCACUGGGCCUACUCCUGAUCCAUAACGCACCCUGGAUAUUCUCGGGAAUCUGGAAAAUCAUUCACGGAUGGAUGGAUCCCGUCGUAGCCUCCAAGGUUUGUUUCACUAACACCAUCGACGACCUGGACAAGUUUAUUCCCCGGGACAGGAUCCCCAAAGAGCUCGGUGGCGAUGAAGACUUUGAAUACAAGUACAUUGAGCCGGAUCCAGAAGAAAAUGCGGCUAUACACAACAAAGCCGAGGGCGACGCUAUCAUGUUCGAGCGGAUGAUGGUUGGGUUGAAGAUGGUCUCUGCCACAGCAGCGUGGAUCCACGCAGCCUCAUCCGCAGAGACAGAGGAAGAGAAAGAAGCCGUGAGCUUAUUGAAGACGCGCCGAGAAAGUGUUAUUGCAGAGUUCCGACAGACCUAUUGGAAAUUAGACCCGUAUGUACGAGCACGGGCGCUCAUUGAUCGAAUGGGUGCCAUUCAACCGGAUGGGACAGUGAGGGAUUAUUAG